AUGUCGCUAGAGAUCGAACCCCCACCCCGGACAUUCCCGGCUCCAGUGUGCCAAUACAUUGCAACCACACUUCAACCUCCCCCAAUCCACUCCUCGUGCUUGAUGAGCCUGCCUCCUUCCGAAGGUUUCAAGUUUCAGCUUCUGAGAAAUCAAUUCCGGGCCUCUCAGAAGAGGUUUUUGAAUACCCCCGCACCCCUCCUCACUCCCUCCCCCCCCGACCAUGCCAACUCCCAUCCGCGCGACCCCCACCAACCCCCUUCGCCCCCCUCCCUACACCCGCCUUCCCCCCCCUCCCCUCCACUCCCACCGCCCCCCCCCCCCCUACCCCCGCCCCUCCCCCCCCUCCUCCACCACCAUCCAACUACCUCCCUCCCUCCACACAACUCGCAACUGCCUCCCCUCCACCCGACCUCUCUCCCGCCCCCCGACACUCCCACCCCCUCCCCUCCCACCCCCAGAACGCCCCAAUCCCCACGCCCCGCCCCCCCCUCACCAACCCCCCCAACCCGACGCAUCCCCUUCCCCUCUAUCCCCACCCCCUCCCCCGCUCCCCCCUGCCCCACCCCAACACCCCCGCCUUCCCCCCUACCCCAACCCAACUCCUCACCACCUUCACCCCUCUCCCACACUCCCGCCCCCCCCACCCUCUCCCCGCGCCCCCCUCCGCCCCCCACACUCCCCCCCCUCCUCCUCCACACCCUAACACCACCCCCCCCCCACAACACCGUCGCACCCCCCCCUCCCACGAAUCCCCCACCACGGCCUCCCUCCCCCUUCGCCCCAACCAGACCCUCUCCACCCGCUCCUACACCCUUCCACACACCCCCACACAGCCUUCCUCACACCCCCCCCCCUGCGCCCCACCCCCUCCCCCUCCACCUCCGCCUCCUACCGUCCCCGCACAACCCCCACCCCCUCCCUCCCCGCACCCCCCGCCCUUCCCACCCCUCCUCCUCUCUCUCCUCCAACCUUCCCCCCUCUGCACCCCCCCUCCCACCUUUCCCCCUCCCCGUCCUCCCCCCCCACUCUCCACCUUCAAUCACGCUCCCCACCCUUUCCACGACACACUCCCACACUCCUCCUCCCCGCCCGCCUCCCUGCUCUCCAUCACGCCCCCCCCCCACCCUCCAUCCUUCCGCCCCCGCCCCUCCCCCCGUAUCCAACAAAGAGCCCGACUAUCACCAGGUAGACCACACCCAGUGCCAAUCAACCCCCAACCCCCAAGCGUCCACUUGA